CGCUCGCGCUGCGUGUCCCUGCUGGCGUCAGCUAGUGAUUUCACACACCGGCAAGAUAAUCUCUUAUCGCAGCAGGAGAUGGGAUCAAUCAACGGGGGAAUCAGUGAAAAAGGAGCAGUAUCAAAAGCAGCAGAAUCGGCAGCCUAGUAGUAUAAAGUUAUUUCCAACACAGCAACAAUCGGACCGCGGAGCUCGCACAGGAUCAGAAACAAAAAUACAGCAGGAUGGCAUCAGGACACAAACUUUGGGGUGGUCGUUUCACCGGUGAGACGGACCCGUUGAUGACGGCUUACAAUGAGUCUAUCCAUUACGACAAGCGGAUGUUUAAUGCAGACAUUGAUGGCUCGAAAGCCUAUGCCAAGGCUUUGAAGCAGCGUGGAAUUUUGGUCGAUGAGGAAUUGGAGGCAAUUCUCACUGGUCUUGAGACUGUCCGUGACGAAUGGAAGCAAGGAAAGUUUGUGCUGCAGCCCUCGGACGAAGAUAUCCAUACUGCAAAUGAACGCCGUUUGGGCGAGGUCAUCGGCACGGGAAUCGCAGGAAAACUGCACACCGGCCGUAGCAGAAACGACCAGGUCGCUACUGACAUGCGUCUGUGGUUGCGUGAGGAAAUGAAGGACGUAAAGAAGAUUCUCAUCAACCUGUUGCAAGUGUUCGCGGCUCGUGCAGAGAAAGAGAUUGACAUUGUCAUGCCUGGUUACACACACUUGCAGCGUGCUCAGCCCAUUAGAUGGUCACAUUUCCUUCUUUCCCAUGCUCUGCCUAUCACCACAGACUUGGUGCGUCUCACUGAAGUGUACACGCGUGUCAACCAGCUUCCGCUUGGUGCGGGAGCACUUGCUGGCAACCCUUUUGCUGUUGAUCGUGAAUUUUUGCGCAAGGAGCUGGGUUUCGACGGCAUCAUCAUGAACUCAAUGAACGCCGUGGCUGACCGCGACUUUGUCAUCGAAUUCAUGUUCUGGUCGUCUAUGGUCAUGUCCCACAUCUCUCGUAUUGCUGAGGACCUCAUCAUUUAUUCCACGUCUGAGUUCAGUUUCGUCACUUUGUCGGACGCAUAUGCCACCGGCAGCAGUAUUAUGCCGCAAAAGAAGAACCCCGACUCACUUGAAUUGCUGCGCGGAAAAAGUGGCCGCGCCUUCGGCAAUAUGGCCGGCUUCAUGAUGUCCGUAAAGGGCAUUCCUUCCACAUACAACAAGGACUUGCAAGAAGACAAGGAGCCCUUGUUCGAUAGCUUGAAGACUGUCAAGGACUCUAUUCAAAUCUUGACGGGCGUUCUUUCCACCCUGACCGUUCAUCCUGACAAAAUUGCCAAGAGUUUGACGGCUGAUCUCUUAGCCACAGACUUGGCCGAGUACUUGGUACGGAAAGGCGUCCCAUUCCGUCAAACACAUCACAUUUCCGGCUCUGCUGUUCGUAUGGCUGAGGAGCGUGGCACAACAAUCGACCAGCUUUCUGUGGAAGACUUUAAGUCGCUUCACCCCCUGUACGAAGACGAUGUUGCUGCGGUCUUCGACUACGAAGCCAGUGUCGAAAAGCGUUGCGCCAUCGGUGGUACCGCAAAGUCUUGCGUUGUCGACCAAAUCAAAAAUAUCCGCAACAUCAUUGCCCGGUACAAGGACUAGGGAGUUGCUAUCCUUGUUUUGCCAAUUCCGAAUUCUUCCCCAUUCCUCUUUAGCUUUGAUGUAUAUACAAUGAAAUGAAUAACACGUUUGAGUCAGGAGUUUUAUAAGGAUUGCCCGUAAAAUGUUUUUGUUGAAGAAUUACGCCGUUUUACC